AUGGGUGCCGGGGCCUCGUCUGCUGUGAAUCCGACCGAGCCGUCGAACGAGGCCGAGCCCCCAGAGAUGCCCGCGGCGUCUUUGCUGCCCGGCGGAACUCUCUGUCCAGCGUGGCCACCGCCAGCGCCAGCAUCUCUCUUUGGGCGGGUUCGGCUAUCCGCAAGAGCAAGGCUGGCCCGCACGUCGUCAAGGAUGGUGCCGAGGAGCACAGCAAGUACACGCUCAAGCGCUCCGACAGCGGCUCGCUGGAGAUCGAGGACGGGGAGACCCGCACGGUAUCGGGAAGCCGGUCGACGACGACGUCGUCACGUGGUUCCACAAGAGGAACACCGACACUCUUCAGGGCGCCCUGGCGUUCGUGCCCUGGGUCCUCCAGCAGUCGCACUCGGAGGGCAAGCUCCAAGAGGGGCAGGUGGUGAUCCACAGGGGCAGCGGCGCGGUGGUCUUCUCCGACGCCAGCGGUUUCACGGCCCUCACGGAGAGCGGUUGGCCAAGAAGUCCAACGGGGCAGAGCUGCUCUCGCAGUGCCUGACCGCCUUCUUCACGCCGCUGAUCAACCUGAUCAACUCGUACAGAGGGGACGUCAUCAAGUUCAGCGGGGACGCGCUGAUGAUCUACUUCCCCGCAGUGGACGACACGGCCGUGCAGCGCUCCAGGCUGCAGGUGCCGCCCCACGGCUCCUUCGGCCUACCGGACCUCGGGCCCAUGGCCACCGCGGUGCUGCGCGCCUCGGCGUGCUGCAUCGAGAUCCACAAGAGGUUGCACAUGUUCGACACGGGGGUCGACGGCGUCUGCCUGUGCCUCCACAUCGGCGUCGGGUGCGGCGAGGUCGCCAUCCUGCAGGUGGGCGGGGAGGUGCCCCCGGAGACCCACGUGCCCAGGUCCGAGUACCUCAUCGCGGGCCCUCCCCUGGAGCAGAUCUCGGUGGCGGAGCCGCUGGCCAGGAACGGGGAGACCUGCGUUAGCCCGCAGACCAAGUACACGUUCCCGACAGUGAAGUUCUCCGCCAUGGAGAGCGACAGGCGGCAGGAGACGCAGUUCCGUCUCCCAGAGAUGCCCAUCAUCCGCAGGUUCGUGCCAUCGGCGGUCUUCAAGCAGAUAGAGGGCGGCACCCUGACGUACGUGAACGAGAUGAGGACCAUAUCCACCAUCUUCGUGUCGGGCUCUGGCGUGGACGUCUCCUCCGACGAGGGGGCGCAGGUGGCGCAGGAGCUCAUGGCCUCCGUGCAGCAGAUCUGUUACGCGGGGGAGGGCACGCUGAACAAGUUCGUCAUUGACGACAAGGGCAUGCUGUUCCUCCUCGUGUACGGGCUGCCGCCCCUGGUUCACACCGACGACCCCACAAGAGCCGUGCUCGCCUGCAUCGACCUGGUGAAGGCCUUCAAGAGGCUCAAGAUCGCCGGGCGCUUCGGGGACCCGGGCCGGGGCUCCCUCCGCUCCCCGUGCGUCCACUCGAUGCUGCUGCUGUUUCGGCAACCUCGGAGCCCCGAGAGCCCUGCAGGGGAGGCGGCUCGCAGGCCUACAACAGAGGCCCCACGAGACUUGCAGAAGAACAGCGGCGGCUAA